CUAAGACGCUAAUCACGACUUUAACUGCGUUUCCUAGGCAUUCUCACUAGUCUCGACAGCCCCACGAGGGAGCGACGGUCACUUAUCUCUAGGAUCCCCUGUUGUCUUUCAUGCCGUCGAGCGAGCAAAUUGUCCUGCUAUAUAUCCAUCCAGCCAUACAACGUCUAGCGCAACCAGUGAUGGACAACACCCAGCAUUCAAGUUUGAAGAUGCUCUCUCAAGGUUUCACGGCACACUACACCACAACCGGUCUUCGCAAGGACCAUUGAUCCCUCGCUGAUGAAGAUGCAAUGACAGACAAUCGUCCCCGCUGCUCUCUUCUCACUGCCAUUUUUUUUUCGAGACCGAAGAAGCGAACUGGGUGGACCGGGGGUUUGCCCUACUGCUUCUUCAUCUGCAAAGCAGCUCUUCCCACAUAGCGGUUAAGCGACCGAAUACUGAUUUCUGUCUUGUACCAGAAGAGACAACGGGAGACUUUGUCGUCCGUGGAGAAGGCGAGACCAUAGUGACGGCGAGAUUCUCACCAUAAUGCGCUUGCAACGCAGUCGAGCCACGGGAGACUUAUUCUAUGCACUGACGCCGUGCAUCACGAAAAGGUAUCAACCUCUCCCUUCAGAGCUCGACUUAUCCUAUAACGUCCGGUGGCGUUUCUUCGAUGCAAUGACCUUGUUUCUUAGAUGCAUUUAUGUCGUUCGUCAUUUAGCGAAAUUGUAUUAGAUUUGGGGGAAAAAAAAAUAAGACGGGUGAUUUAAGC